AUGACAUCUAAUACUGAUAAUCCUCCAUCCUACGAGGCUGCACUGCACCAUCCAAAGCAUGGAAACUACCCAAGCUGCCAGCCACAACACUGUUCUGCCCUUCCACCACCUCUGUCUUACAGCCCAAGUUCUGGCAUGUGUCCUGUUCAGCCUUGCUACUGGGGUCAUGGGGGGAUCCAGCCACAAGAUGGGAUGUGGGAAGUCCUCGGAUUACCUCCAUCCAGGGCAUCAAACACAAUACCAACUCUGUCAGCUGGAAUGCUUACAUCCAACCCAGGAGACAUGGAGGAUUACCUGAGCACUCUGGGGGAAAGCACUUCAAUUCGGCAUGCCUUCAUUAGAAAGGUUUACUUUAUUUUAGCAACACAAGUAGCCAUCACCUGUUCAGUUGUCGCUGUCUUCACAUUUGUUGACCCAGUAAGGCUGUUUGUCAUCAGACACCCUGGCAUCUACUGGGCAUCUUUGGUGGUGUAUAUUUUGGUUUACUGCAUUCUCAUCUGCGGCAAAAAAAUCAGGAGGCAAUUUCCAUCAAAUCUUCUGCUGCUGGGAAUAUUUACCUUGGCCUUGUCUUUCAUGUCUGGGACAUUAUCAAGUUAUUAUGAAACAAAAUCUGUGUUUCUUGCCAUGGGAAUAACAGCAAUAAUUUGUGUCUCUGUUACAAUCUUCUGCUUUCAAACCAAGGUGGAAUUCACCUCAUGCAGGGGAUUUUUUUGUGUUCUUGCUGUUUUGCUAAUAAUCAUUGGGAUUGUUUCAGCCAUCAUCCUCUCCCUUCAAUAUGUCCCCUGGCUACAUAUGCUUUAUGCAUCUUUUGGAGCAAUUCUUUACACUCUGUUCUUAGUAUACAACACCCAGCUGCUUAUUGGAAAUCGGGAGUUGACUGUCAGCCCAGAGGAAUACAUCAAUGGAGCUCUCUCUCUGUACAUCAAUGUUGUUGAUAUAUUUCUCUUCAUUCUACAAGUGAGCGGAGCAGUCACUGGCUAGAGCUUUCAAUUUGCAAG